CAUAAGAUCGAAACCCUUAAGAACUAAAAAACAAUGGCGGAUCGUCAUUCCGUCCAAGCCCAAGCUCAAAGAGUUUCAACCACAAGACCAGGUGGUGGAACCACCAUGGUAACUCCCGGCGGCGGUGGUGGUGGUGGGACUAUUCUGAAACGAAUUCAAGAGCAUGCACCAAAUUCAACCCAAGUUGUUGGGCUAUUAACCUUAGUUAUAUCAGGUGGUAUUUUACUAUUUCUCACGGGUUUAACAUUAACAGCAACAGUUAUGGGUUUAAUCUUUUUCACACCAUUGAUUAUCUUGUCAAGUCCGAUAUGGGUACCAGCAGGUACAGUUUUAUUCAUUGCAAUUGCUGGGUUUCUAUCCAUGACUGGAUUUGGUGUGUCUUUAUUAGCUGUGUGUUCAUGGAUGUACAAGUAUUUCAGAGGAAGACAUCCACCGGGAUCUGAUCGGGUUGAUUAUGCUCGUAGUCGGAUUGCUGAUACAGCCAGUCAUAUGAAAGAUUAUGCACGAGAAUAUGGUGGUUAUUUGCAGAGUAAGGUUAAAGAUGCUGCUCCUGGUGCUUAAUUAGUUUAUUUUACAGUCUCCAGUUAUAUAGUAGUUAUAAUGCUAAUCUUUAUGGAAGUAUGUAUACGUUUUGUGACCGAUGAUGAUGACGACGGCAAAGGAAUCAAUAAGAUUUUUCUUUGGGUUUUGGUUGUUGUUGGUGUGGUUUCAAUUUUGGAUUUUCAAUCUUGCUAUGAUGGGAAAAAGAGAUCUGGAAUUUCAUAUUUUACAUUUACUUUAAGUUGCAAUGAAAUCCUUGCUUUUGAUAUUAUAAUAGCUUGCACCCAGGGAAGUCGAUCGCACCUUGGGUACGCAAGCUUUGCACCCCUUUGAAGCCAGAUUUAUGGGUCUUGUUAGCCGUCAUUAUCCAGCGAAAAUAAAACUGCGCAAUAUUUAAGUGUGCUUAAAACCAACAGUUAAGUCUAUCAAGAUAAGUACGAUUAAAAAUGGCAAUGUAAUUACAUAAAUUAAGCGCAGAAGAUUCAGUAUAACUGGAGCUAGGCACAGUACUACACUUUCGAGAAUUCUUUUAUAUAUUUAUGUCGAUGGGAAUCAUCAUGGGAUCCAGAUAUAAAUUUCUUAUGUC